AUGGCUCGGGGAUUUCGCAAGUCUUUUGACUUUAACAACUUUGACGGAUGCGGUUUCUUUUGGAAAUGGUUCUACAGGCGCCUGGAACGUGAUCUGACCGAAGCGGAUGUCGAACUGAUCGCGCUUGGCGACAUCAACGGCGACGGUCAAACCGACUAUUCCCUCUCCCUUUCAAAAAACAUUGAAUACACCUUCAAGGGGUUUUUUGGACAUUCUUUCAGUUGGUCGCGGGAAAUCGAAAAGAACCUGGUCGUGCUCAGCGGUGAUGACGGUCCGAAGGUCAGAGACCUGGAGCGGACGACCGGUGUCAAAGGACCUGUGAUUGAAACGCGUGCACUGGGCGAUAUCAAUGGCGACGGCUUCGACGAUUUCGCCACAUUUGUAGGCGGUGGCGCAUACUACGGUAUUGGAGGACCGGAUGCCGGUCCGGUCGGCUACUACGGCAAGCUCGUCGAUGACGUCUACAUAACGUUUGGCGGAUCGCGGCAACCGGCAACGAGCGUUGGCAACCUGGACGGAAUUGACGGCAAGGUGCUGAACUUGAAGUCGCUCGGUGACAUCAACGGUGACGGCAUCGAUGACAUGGCCGCCAGCGUGGGCAGUUACUACGGCCGUGGGGCGGAAGCAGGCUACUAUGGCAAGGCGAUCGACGACACCUACGUCAUUUUAGGUGGCAAAUCCGGACUUGCGCCGAUCAGUCUCGGCGCCCUCGGGUUCACAAGCAGUGUUCUCGACGUGAACGCGCUUGGUGACAUCAACGGCGACGGCUUCGUGGAUUUGGCUGCGACCGUCGGAAGCUAUUACGGCUACUACGGCAGGGAUCCGGACGAGAUUUCCUACUACGGUCAGGUUACGGAAGAUGUUUUCGUGCUUUUCGGCAGCGAAGACGGCUACAAGGAGAAACAGAGCCUGACCGGCCUCGUCGACAUUAAGGCAAAGGUCGUUGGUGUCGACGCGAUAGGGGACAUCAACGGUGACGGGCUGUCGGAUUUCGCUGCAGAACUUGGCGGCUACUAUGGAUACUACGGCUCUGGCAUCAGGGACGUUUUCCUGUUUCUCGGCGGCGACGAAACCCCGGUCAGUCUCGGCAGUUUGGCUGGACGUGAGAAAACCGCAAUUGAUGUUUUCGACUUGGGAGACAUCAAUGGAGACGGUUUGACCGAUAUCGGCAUCGGCACCGCAGGCUACUAUGGCGGUUAUUAUGGAGGCUACUACGGCCAGGAAGUGGAAGAUGUGCUCGUGCUUUUCGGAAAUCCCGAUGGCACGCGCGAAGUCGCCAACCUGAAUGACUUUGUCGGAAGCAAGGAACCGCUCCACGGUGCGACCGCACUAGGCGACAUCAACGGCGACGGGUUCGAGGAUUUCACGGUUGCGUGCGGCGGCUAUUACGGCCCAGGGAUGCCGGGAGAAGCGAUACUGGUCUUUGGCGGCCCCGACGUUGCCCUGCAAAGUCUGAACUUGAAGGACUUCGGACUGACGGAUGAUGCCUUUGGCGACAUCAAGGCCCUCGGCGACACAAAUGGCGACGGGUUCGCCGACUUCUCGAUCGCCGGAUACUACGGAUACUAUGGAUCCGACGCAUUGAAGGGGUCCAGCUACGUUGUCUAUGGCGGCGAGAGUGCUUUGGGCAUCGCGGAUUUCGCGAAGAAUGCCCGUCUCGGCAGCCUUGAGGUCUCCCACAGGGUGGUUCUCGACACCUCCCCACUCGGUGAGACCUUCAACUUCACCGACGAUCUCUUCUGA